AUGGCGAAGCUGUCGCUCGAGGACUUUGACAAACACAUCGAGAAUCUGCGCACCCAGCUACUGUUUCUCAAUGAGACGCUCGAUGCGACGGAUCACAAUGCGCCGGACUGGCUCUCUGCGGACCUUCUAUCGCUGCGAAACAAGUCAGGCAGAUUGCAGGACGACAUGAAGAGAUUCAGAGAUCAGCUUGAGGACGAAGGUCUGGCUGAGAAGAAGAAGGUCAAGACUUCAAACAAACGCCUAAGUAUCGAAGGCGCGAAGCGUCCCGCAGAAACACCGAGUGCGCAAACCCCGACCCCCAGCGCCCACGCUAUAUCUCCUCUCGUAGACCAAUCACCGACACCACGCGCAAAGCGAACGAAGAUCGAAGACACAUAUGUUGUUCAACAUGUCGAUGUCACAGAGGAGGUCAACCGGCGGCUGCAAGAGAACCGCUUACGACGCUUGAUGCAGACCCCGAGUACGGCGCAGAAGCGAAAGUUCGAUUCAUACGAGGAGGAGCCCAGGUCAGAAGGGCCGGCCGGCACAGACGAGGAAGGUUCCAGAGGUGGAUACAGUGCGAGUGAGCAGGAGAGAACCCCAACCAAACGGCUGAGGAGUAGUGGAACUUUUGAAGGGCUGGGCAAAAGGAAGGAGGAUGAGCCAGCGAGAGAACAGGACCCACGAUUCGAAGACAGAGUUGAUGUAAAGAGGCGGAAAUUUCACCGGUAA